UAGCGAGUUACGUAUGUUACGCUCAGAACUGUGAGUUGCCAAUGAAUCGCUGGCAUUCGGGUCUGAGAGGAUCGGAGGUACAGGAUCGAAGAUAUGGAGCUUGUAGCGAGGUGAUUGGUUUCAAUUUGUGACAGCAGCUGAGGGGAAUUUUCUGUGGACCGCAAUGGCCUUGACCAACGCUGUCGGUAAAAUGAACAUGAUGUCAGGUGAUUCACCAUCUCUUAGGCCAGCAGCAAGUUUUGAGCUGCAGGAAAGUAUAAUUAAUGCUUCUAUAGCAAAAGUGAGAAAUGUCUCUGACAAAGGAGUGCAGUUUGAACCAUCAGAUCUGUCUGAUGAAACAGACUUCAUGCCCAAAGCUCCCAGUGUGAAAGCUGAUCAAGGCACAAGUAAACAAAAAUUAUGCAACAGUAGUCAAAAUAACAAUGAAGAUGAUAUUAUAGUGGAUGACAGAAUUCCUGAACUUGAAACAAAACUUAGCACCGAAAAGGGGACAGAUGUUACAGAAGCAGUGUCUGAGAAACAGGAAGAAGAGCCAAACUGUGUGGUUAAUUGUUUAUAUUUUGUUGACCAGUGCUGUGAAUGUGUGCUCCUGUGACACAUAUGAAAAUGUGAUUGUGAAGCUUAAGUUGUGAUUGUGUGACUGAAACUUACACCUGUACUUUGUGUAAUUUAUUGCCUUAGCAAUUUGCUAGGUCCAUAAAAUAACUGCAGUUUUUGCAGUUUAAUGUAACAUUUUAAAUACUGAGAUAAUAUUUUUGUAAAAUGUUUGUUUUAUAUAUUUUAAUAGCUCUUUUGGGCAGAAAUCUGUUGUUGUGUCUAUUUUUACUUCUGUUGGUUAGUGUCUCCUGAUGUUGGAGGAUCCAACAAGAAUACUCAGCUUCUAUAAAUAGAAUCAGGUAAGUUCUUAUUUAAGCUCAAACAUCUUCAUGUGGUUCAGAGUUGCCUGAAAAUUUGGAAGUUUGUAAUUAGGUGUAUUCAUUUAUUUUGUACGAGCUUGCAAAACUGUGUUGUAAUCGCAGAAUUGUUCUAUAGUGGAUCAAUUUUCCGGUUCAAUCUGAUUUGAAAGAAACACAAAAUCUUGAUUUACCAUCAUUUUAUUUCAUUUUAAAUGGAUUCAAAUCUCCUAAAUAUGGAAGAAAAUUUGUUUUAUCCUGUUAUGCCUGUCAUCAACCCCCUCAGUAAAGAGGUAACAUAGUUGAUAAGAAGAUACGUGCAUGGUGCCAAUGAUUCAUUUACUUUGUUAAUAGAGAAUAAAAACUUAAUAGUUGAGGUAAUGAGGUAAUAACAAGGUGCUUCAUCAUAGAAAAAGUCUUUUCUUAGCCAUAGUAAUAGGAGGCCUCUUUUGGGGGAAAGAGGUGAUUAUUUUUUCAAUAUUCUUCCAUAAAAACCAUCUAUUUGGUGCUUACGUUCUCGUUCUCGGUCUUGAAUUUCGUUAUCUCCAGUCUGGCACAAGCAAAUAGUUUUUCAGAACUAGUUUUAAGCAGAAUUGCAUUUGUUCAAAUGAGGGAAAAACCAAUGCAUUUUUUUCCGGUAUUCUUGAUUUUUUACAUAGGAAUAGAGCUUCGACUUAUUUCCAUUCCUGAUUAUGGUUUGUUAUGUCUUGGUGCUGCGUCUAGAGCAGUAAAUGUUAAUGGAUGAAUUAAUUCAUCUAGCAUGAAAUAGUAAGUUCCUAACUUAUUAUAAUGUUUGUAUUUCACUUGGUAUUUGUUUACUGUUGGAAACAGCUGUGUAUAGGAGAGGGGUAGUCACUGUGAAUGAAUGGCAUUGCAUAAGUGGAUAUAAGUAAAAUUAAAAUUUUGUUCUGAGGACAUCUCCCUCUAAUGAUUUGGGAAACAGUGUUGAUUGGAAAAAUGUUUUCAUGACGGUCCUGUGACACAUUACUUUUUUUAAAUACAUGUGUUGUAAUUGACAAUAUUGUAUUAAUUACAUAUUUUAAUCAAUAAAUCUGUUUGUAAAUUA